AUGACACACUCUCAUCUCAUGAAUACUGUGAAUGGCAGGACUUCGACUGGAAAGAGAAGUCCAGAAGGAGACCGCCGGACUUUGAUAGAGCAAUUCAAUGCUACUGACGAUGGCACAACCCUAAGAUUCUGCCUACCACAGAUCUUUGAGCGCGCUGCAGAAAGACACUCGGAUAACAUUGCAGUCAUCUGUGGCAAGACGGAAUUGACCUAUAAAGCACUUGAUUCGCUUUCAAAUCACCUGACCCGCAUCCUAGUAGAAGAGCGCGGUAUUAGACGCGGGCAUGUGGUCGGCAUAGUGCUAGAUCGAUCUAUCAAUCUCAUCAUUUCACUUUUAGCGGUUCUGAAGGCGGGUGCCGUUUAUAUGCCUAUCGACCCUUCAAUACCCAUUGAGCGAGUCAAGCAAAUGAUGGAUGAUGCCAGUCCCAGGCUUGUAGUCACUGAUGGUGUCACUCAAGCGCACUUGUCUUUGUGGAAAGACAUGAACCUGAACAUUGAUGCGGUGAGGAGCGAGUCAAGCAGCUUGGAUGCCAAUAAAGUGGCCACAGUAGACCUUCGGCCGCAGGACCUUGCUUAUAUGAUUUACACGUCAGGCUCGACGGGCAGGCCCAAGGGCGCUAGGGCGAAUCAUGAAGCCCUUUGCAACCUUCUGCUUGCCAUGAGACGUACACCAGGAUGCAACUGGACGGAUCGUCUGUUAGCGGUGGCGAGCGUCUCUUUCGACAUAUCCAUUGCAGACUUGCUCCUGCCACUCAUCAGUGGUGGCACUCUGGUCAUCGCUCAAUCGCAUCAGCUCAGGGAUCCAGACGCUUUGAUCAAGUCAAUGCAACGCCAUUCUAUCACCAUUAUGCAAGCAACACCUUCUUUCUGGCAAAUGCUUCUAGAUAGUAAUUGGCGGAUGGAUCAUCGACUUGCUAGAAUCGUCACCGCAGGAGAGCCGCUUUCACGUCGACUUGCUGAUCGCUUGCUUGCCCGCGCUGAUGAAGUUUGGAAUGCGUAUGGCCCAUCUGAGGCCACAAUUUAUGCGAGCAUGGGUAGGGUGAGGCAAGAUGACCAAGAUAUUGAUAUUGGCACUCCUGUCCCUAAUUUUCAACUGUAUGUGUUGGACGCAGAGAACCUCUCCAACGUGCCGCUCGGAUCGACAGGUGAGCUAUGUAUUACCGGUAUCGGUGUAAAGUGCGGCUACCACAAUAGUCCCGAGCUCACAAAACUCCGCUUCCUUGAGAAUCCUUUCCACCAUGGACGUCUAUAUCGCACUGGCGAUCUCGCUCGAUUCACAGCUCCCGGCAGGUUGAGGCUAAAGGGCCGCACUGAUAGCCAGGUCAAAGUCCGGGGAUAUCGUAUCGAACUAGGGGAUGUCGAGACUGCCCUCACGGCCCACAAAGAUGUUUCGGCAGCUGUUGUGCUCAAUCGUGAUGAUCGGCUUAUUGCGUAUUGCCUAUGCAAUACCAUCGAGAGUAUCGAUAAGACAAAUGUCAACUGGUCGCUGGACGAGAUCCUACGGCCAUGGCUCGUUGAUCGCCUUCCUGCUUACAUGAUGCCAACAUUCUUCGUCAAAGUGGAGGCUUUGCCGAUGACUGUGAAUGGUAAAAUAGACCAGAAGGCACUUCCAGAUCUGAUGGUGGCAGCCGAAGUUGGAACCGUAAAAGGAAAACCCCAAACGGAGCUCGAGCGCAGCAUACUGAGCAUUUGGACGAUUGUACUAGGCCAUGACUGUAUCGGGACCAAUGACAAUUUUUUCCAGAUCGGUGGCAACUCUCUCCGUGUACCCCGAGUGAAAACGGAACUCGAGAAGCUGAUGGGCCAGCCGGUGCAGGCAGCUAAAUUAUUCGAGCAUUACACUGUUAGAACGUUGGCGCAAUACCUCGAACGAGUUGGAAAUGAUAGCCAGAAAGAUGUAAAUAAUACUCAGCCUUUUUUUGAAAGCCCGCGGCAGGUGAAGUAUACUCCCAUAACGAGUAUUCAUGAAGACAUAGCAAUCGUUUCCAUGGCAUGUCGCCUUCCUGGUAGCAUCAAAACUCCCGAGGAAUACUGGGAAAUGCUUGCCAAGGGCCAUCACGGAAUCACAGAUGUCCCUAUAGAUCGCUGGAACUCGGAUGCAUUAUUUGAUGCCGAUCCAGAUGCUCCUGGCAAAUCGUAUUGUCGGCGUGGUGGCUUCAUCGCUGGCGGUAUUGACUCUUUCGAUGCUGCCUUCUUCGGCAUCUCACCAAGAGAAGCAAGAGCACUAGACCCCACCCAGCACAUUAUGUUGGAAGUGUGUUGGGAAGGCUUCGAAAGCGCCGGAUAUACUAUGCAACAGUUGCGUGGCAGUCAAACCGGUGUAUUUAUUGGCCAAAGCAAUAUCGCUGCCCACAAUUCGAUCCCAGACUUUGCAGAUUUAGACGGAUACGCUAUGACUGGCUCCAGUAGUGCCACCCUCUCCGGCCGUGUAUCGUACACCUUGGGUCUCGAAGGCCCGUCGAUGACUGUGGAUACAGCAUGCUCAUCAUCGCUAGUCAGCACACACUUGGCCUGCACAGCUUUACGGCAAGGAGAGUGCGAUAUGGCUGUGGCGGGCGGCAUUACCAUUCUUUCGCCGGGACUCUUUGUAGAAUUUAGCAAACUUCGAGGCCUAUCUCCUGACGGUCACUGUCGGGCUUUCUCAGCCGAUACACAAGGCACUGGUUUGAGUGAAGGGUCAACCGCUGUGGUGCUAAAGCGAUUGUCCGACGCUCAGCGCGAUGGUGACAUAAUCCAUGCCAUACUGCGCGGCACUGCUGUCAAUCAUGGAGGAAGCCGUGCCGCCGGCCUAACAAUUCCUAGCAGCUCUGCUCAGGAGCGCCUCAUCCGAACAGCGCUUCACACAUCCGGCUUGAGUCCAAGUGAUAUUGAUUACGUCGAAGCCCACGGUACCGCCACUAAACUUGGCGAUCCUAUCGAGGGUACAGCAAUAACUGAGGUUUUCAGCAGCCGUUUUUGUACCGAUAGACCGCUAUGGAUUGGCUCGUCAAAGUCAAAUCUUGGCCAUACUCAGGCUGCUGCUGGACUCGCUGGCGUCAUAAAAGUCGCACUCGCUUUACAACACAACAUGCUUCCCAAGACCUUGAACAUUACAGAGCCCACUCCGCUAAUAGACUGGGAGAAAGCCAACAUGGCACUGGUCCUGAAGCAUCAGCCCUGGACUUCCGUCAACAACACACAGCGCCGGGCGGGCGUCAGCUCUUUCGGUAUCGGCGGCACUUAUGCACAUCUCAUCAUUGAGGAAGCACCCACUGUCGUGUCAGUCGCUGAACAAUCGGCCAUGAACCAUGUUCAGUCGCCGCCUAUGCUACCAUUCCUCGUAUCAGCGCAGUCCCACAUAGCUCUGCGUCAUCAGAUUAGAAAGCUCCACCGACACAUCAAGGUUCACACAUCCCAUAAGGAGGGUGACUCUCUCGGUAACUUGGCGUGCUCGCUAGCAACGACGCGCACCCAUUUCCGUCGGCGUGUCGCAUUGUUUGCCGACAGCAAGAAAGACCUCCUCCAGAAGCUAGUCGCCUGCUCGGAGGCUCGGCCAAAUGAGUUGCCUCCUCUUGCUGGUGUGAUAUGCAAUCACAAUAACAGUUGCAACGAGGACACCCACUUAGCUAUAUUAUUUACUGGUCAAGGCAGCCAGCGACUGGGUAUGGGAAAAGGUCUUAGCGAAAGGUAUCCUCUCUUUUGUGAAGCGUUAGAGGACAUUACAGCCCGCUUCACGGAUCUGGAAAUGCCGCUCUUGGAUGUCAUGUGGGCGGAUUUGCAGAGCGAGACCGCGCUACUGCUGGAUCGCACUGACUUCGCUCAGCCAGCAAUCUUUAGCUUAGAAGUAGCUUUGUGGCGUUUAUGGGAAAGCUGGGGCGUCAAACCAGAGACUGUACUGGGCCAUAGUGUGGGCGAAAUUGCAGCGGCUCACGUGGCUGGCGUCCUCGAUCUCUCGAGUGCAUGUAGGUUGGUGGCAGCACGUGGUCGUCUGAUGCAAGAUCUAGCAUCAGGCCGAUCAGGUAGCAUGGCCUCCUUGAACACUGACGCCGCUGAAGUAACAGAGGCCAUUUCUGCAUUAGAUCUGGACGGACGGGUUGAAAUCGCUGUCUACAACUCCCCGACACAGACGGUCAUAUCUGGCGAUGAUGACGCCGUCAAACUCAUGAUGGCCCAUACUACAAGGAAGCUGGCUUGCAAGGUGACCGAGCUCAACGUGUCUCACGCUUUCCACUCACAUCAUAUGGACAGAAUGCUGUUGGCUUUCCAGACCGUUGCUGAGACAAUACAAUUCAGCCCGCCCAAGCUGCUAAUGAUCAGCAGUCUCACAGGCAGGCUGGCAGAGGCAGGCCAGCUCGAACAGCCAGACUACUGGGUCCAACAGGUACGUAGAGCUGUUCGUUUCAGUGAUAGCGUUCAGACACUUCACCGGCAGGGUGUCAAUAUAUGCCUUGAGCUGGGGCCGCAGUCGGUCCUGUGCGGGAUGGCAGCCUCAUCUCUCACUUCCGAUCAUGAAUUCAGAAAUGAUAUGCCUGCCUUUCUACCGUCGCUCAUGACUGGGAAGAAAGAAGAUCAACGAGUGGUAAUGAACACUCUCGCUGAAUUACAUGUGAGACAUAUACCCAUUGACUGGCAUGCAUACUUCAAGCCUUUUAAUUAUCAACGUGUUCAAUUACCAACGUACGCUUUUCAGCGGCAGCGUUAUAAACAGAUCAGGCCCUUCGGGAUGUUGGAUUCUAGCCUCCAAAAGCGCGCCUCCAAAACUAAUCCUGAUGAUGAGGAGGACGGGAGAGACUGCCUUGGCAUUGACCGGUUCGAAUUCGAAGUCAAAUGGUCUGCUGAUCACGGGACCAAAGAUAUAUCAAGUGGAAUAAGCAAGUCGUGGGGUUACUUAUGCCCAGACCGAGACACGAUAUGGAUACAAGAGGCCAAGAAAGCCUUGUCGCGUGCAGGCAUUCAGCUCAAACAGGCCCAGCAACUCGAGGACGCGGCAAACCUAGAUGGUCUCCUAUGCUUCUGGGAUAGUCCUUCUGACGUCGAAAUCCCGCCCGGGGCGCUUGAUCUUACAAUAAGGGCGGUCAAUCAGUUGCAGACGGCAGCUACGAUGGGGUUUGUGCCGCCAUUGGUCUGGAUCACUCGUAAAGCGGUAGGCGUUCAGAUUCGCAAUGGCGACAAUAACAUACUCUCUCAAAGUUUCCACAAUGAUAGUGGCGACUGGAGCCACAGAGAAGAGCAGAGCCUAGCUGCCGCGCCUCUUUGGGGCCUGGUGAGGACUGCCCGCUACGAGCAUCCAGAACUAAAGCUGCGUCUUGUCGAUUUGGACUUAGACAAGGAUACAUUUGACACGCUUGCUUCAGUAAUAACGGUUAGCUCUGAUGAACCUGAUUGUGCAAUCAGAAAGGGGCAGGUUUUCAGGCCGCGGAUACAAAAAGUCCUCACUUCGAAAGGGAUAGCCAAACAACAGCCAUUCUCCCCUCGAAAGAAAGGUGCCAUUCUGAUUACAGGCGGUCUUGGAGGGAUCGGCCAGCAAAUGGCCAAGUGGCUUGCAAGCACCUAUUGUACCUCUGAUCUUGUGCUGACUUCCCGCCGUGGUAUGAAAACGCCUAAUGCGGAGGCAUUGAUUGGCGAGUUAGCGCAACUCAACGCGAAAGCUACUAUAAUAGCUUGUGAUGUUGGUGACUUCGAGAGUAUCAAGUCACUCACAGAGACUUUCAAUGAGGAGAGGCCUCUACGUGGCGUUAUCCACGCUGCCGGCCUGGUUGACAAUGGAAUACUUUCAACGUUAACGCCGCAGCAAUUUGCCAGCACAUUCAGGCCUAAAGUUGAUGGCGCGUGGUAUUUGCACAAAUUCACUCAAGAUAUGAACUUGGACUUUUUCAUGAUGUUCUCGUCCGUCUCUGGCGUACUAGGUUUGCCAGGUCUAGCCAAUUACGCUUCAGCAAAUGCUUUUGUUGAUGCGCUCGCUCAUAUACGUCAGGCUCAAGGUCUACCAGCCACUUCGAUAGCAUACGGCGUAUGGGAUGGAGAGGGUAUGGCGGCUAAUCUGAAUGAUAGAACGACUCGUUCUCAUCUCGCCCGGAUGGGUCUUGAUCCGCUUAAGCCGGAAGACGGACUAGAGCUGUUUGCAAAGGCGGUGAGUAGUGGCCGUGCGAUAACAGUGGCCGCAGCACUAGAUCUGAAGCGAUUGCGGGGUCAAUUGAUCGAGGAAAGAGGUAAUAUCCCAUCAUUGUUCCGCUUGCUAUUGGACCAAAAGGCAGAUGACGAGAAAACCAAUAGCGAGAUGCGAAUAGACAAUGAAACCCGGCAACUACGUGAAAUUUUGAGCGAAGCUCCUUUAAAGCAACACGCUAGCAUCUUGUUGGCUUUGGUGCGCGAAACUGUUGGUAAAACACUUGGAUUUACGUCAGCGGAGGAAGUAGAUACAGAUGUCCCACUACAAAAUAUUGGAUUCGACUCACUAACGGCAGUCCUCAUACGAAAUCAAUUAGCCAAAUUGACGGGCCUCAAAACACUGUCCACAAGUAGCAUCACUUGGAAUCAUCCAAACUUGAAGUCACUCAGCCAACAUCUGCUGUCACAGCUACAAAGAGAUGCAGAGGAAAGGAGCACGACUUCGGAUGCUGUCGUGGAGAAAGCACCCAACGGUACAAACCCCGCCAACAGAGCGUCAUCUGGUCCAGAUAUUUCAAUGGUCAAGAAAGGCUAUCUCGAUGCGAGCCUUACAUUUGAUAGCAUCGGAAGUCUUCAGCGUCCUAAUUCCGUGUUCAUCACAGGUGCCACAGGCUUUGUUGGUUCCUUCAUUCUGCACGAGCUACUCGACUCAGGUAUCUCAGCCCACUGUCUGGUGCGUGCUAAAGGGGAUGAGAUUGGCAUGCAGCGAUUGAUCACUGUUCUGGCAAGCUACGACCUCUGGAAGCCAGACUACGCGUCACUACUUCAGCCUGUGAUCGGUGACCUUGCAAAGCCUUUCUUCGGGCUAGACGAAGAAGUCUUUGAUCGUCUGGCAGAUCAAGUGGACACUGUUUGUCAUGCCGGGGCUCUCGUCGACUGGAUGCGACCGUUAGAAGAAUACAUUGGCCCCAAUGUCGUCAGCACUCACGAAAUUCUACGACUCGCCGCUCGCGGCCGGUGCAAGGCCAUUCACAUAAUCUCAACGCUUGCCACUUUACCCAAACACCUGGGUUACGAGGUGUCCGAGCAUGAUCGUGAGUACGGCUAUUCUACCUCGAAAUACAUGGCAGAGCGAAUGGUAUCAGCAGCACGUUGGCGAGGCGCGAAAGCCUCAGUAUACCGCGUGCCCUUCGUUACAGCAUCCGCUUCAUCAGGUCAUUUCCGUCACGACCGCGGCGACUUUCUACAUAAUCUAAUUGCUGGUAGUAUCGAAUUGGGUAGCUUUCCUGCCUUGGAUGCUGACCUCUCUGUUGUGCUGCCUGUUGACUAUCUAAGCAAAACCAUCGUCAGCGUUAUGGUGGAUGAUCUAUCCCGGAUUGGUCAUGACUAUGACUUUGUUAGGGCGCCAGCUCCAACCAGUGAUCGAUUCUUUGAGCUGAUGGGCGCUGCAGUUGCUGCAGAAGGUGGUGGUAGCGGCAGGUACGACAUACAAACCUUCACCAAAUGGCAGCAGAGAGCACUCAUCUACGCUGCUGCGCACCCAAAGAGUCCUUUGGCUCACAUUGCCGCAGUCAUUGACGGACUUACGGAGCAGAGUGCCCCUGAUCUGCUAAGGGGUUGCCCUCCUGGGCAACAUGUUUUUGGUGGUGACAUUUAUCCUGCACCGGAGAUCGAUGAGCAGGUUCUACAGAGCUAUUGGUCCCGUAUCAAAGACACUAGACCAGGAGCCUGA